AAACGUUGAAAGCAAUGAAGUCGGUAUCCUCGACGCCCAGUCAACAACUCAGUUGUGGCUACGGGUUCGGUUGAUCAGCGUAGGUUGCGGGAACGGCGACAGACAUAUCGACCUUAAUUUCCCCGGAUUAAAACGAAUUCGGACUUUAACCAGCGUGAACAUACAGUCUCCGACCGUGCAAUUGAUUUAGCCAUGGCCAAGAGUGAAAAACACAUUGUGCGUGUUUUCUUCAGUUCACCAUUUGGUGGUAUGGAGAUCGAAAGAGAGGAAUUAACCAAGAAAUAUUGGCCCCGAUUGUCUAGCAUGUGCAGUAGAGCAGGAUUUGAGUUUGUACCUGUAGAUUUGAGAUGGGGAAUCACUUCUGAAAUGUCAUCUAAUGCAAGUACUAUUGAAGUAUGUUUGAAAGAACUCGACAGAUCUGACAUGAUUAUCGGAUUCUUUGGACAGAGAUACGGUUGGCAUGGUGACAAUGAACUACUUCAGAAGAGUUUUGAUGUUGCCAUCACCAAAUAUCCCUGGUUGAAUGAAUACCGUGAUAAAUCAGUUACUGAGUUAGAAUUCUUACAUGGACAUCUCAACAAUCCGGGGGACAGGGCUGCAUGUUUUUACUUCAGAGACAAGGCAUAUGAUGAUGAAAUGUUGGCAAAAUAUGAAUCAGAGAACAACGAAGAAGAAUCAAGAAAAUAUCAAUCUAUAACAGACGGUGAAGAUGCUGCUCAGUGUCUGACAGAAUUAAAAAAGAAAGUCAAAGACACUGAAGAUAAGUGUUUACAGUUUGUAGAGGAAUAUCCCAACCCUGAAGCAGGCGCAGAAUUGAUGUUUGAGGCAAUUAAGAAUCAUUUACAAACAAUUCUCAAACCUUUGAAGAAACUUACAGAGCGUGAAGAGAAACUGUCGUUGCAGAAUGCGUAUUAUGCGAGCCAUCUCGGUGUCGGUGCCAAUCAGGAAUACAUCGGUGGUGAGACAUACUUGAAAGAAGUGGAUAGACAUGUUAUGAAAGAUGACGAAAAUUUCGCUGAUAAACCGUUGUUAAUUGUUGGUGAUUCAGGUGUUGGCAAAACAACUUUACUGUCUAAUUGGUUGCAUCGACAUCAACAAACCCAUCCGGAUGACAUCAUUGCAUACCAUUUUGUUGGAUGUGCUCCAAAGACAACAAGUGAAACAGACGUACUUUCCCGGAUAGUGGAAGACCUGAAAUAUGGGUAUAAAAAGAAACACAAUGAGAAAUAUGAAGAUGAAAAAAAUGAAAAUGUCAAAUCAGAGAAACCGAAAACUGUGUUGGAUUAUUACAGAGAACUUCAAGAAGUUUUAUCGUUGAUAAACGAGAAUGGAUACCACGCUGUGAUUAUUAUAGAUGGUGUCAAUAAAAUGGAUGACAUCGGAAAAACUAAAAAGGAGCUUUACUGGUUACCUAAAGAUAUACCUAAAGGAGUCAGUCUACUCAUUUCAUGUUUAAAGGAUGACAUUUCAAAAACAGAUGAGUUUAACGAACGACAGUUUGAUAUUUUAUCAGUGGAGAAGUUAAACACCGAACAGAAGGAACAAAUGAUGCAGGCGAUCUUAUCAUUACGUGGAAAAGAGUUAUCAUCGGAACAGAAACUGAGACUUAUGAAUAAAGAAGAGACGGAAAAUCCACUCUAUCUCAAGAUUCUUCUACAGGAAUUAGUUAAUUUUGGUGAUUUCUUUAAACUAGAUGACCAUAUUGACUACAUUUUACAAGCUAAUAGUACCACAGAACUCUUCAUGAAAAUUUUAGAAAGACUUGAAAAAGAUUUCAACUCAGUUGACAGCGAAGACAAUGUUGUUGCCAAGGUGAUGAGUUGUAUUCUUGUAUCACGUUACGGAUUAUCCGAUCAAGAAAUCAAAUCAAUAAUCAACUUACCGGAUCAGCUGUGGUCAUCAAUUUAUUUUGCGCUGGAAGAUUUUCUUAUUGAUAGAGAAGGCAUCUAUGGGUUUGCAUAUGACGAGUUAUCUAGUGCUGUCAAAGAGCGAUAUUGUCAUGGUAACGAUAAUAUUGAUAUGGUGGCUGCAUUUUUUGAGAAUAAACUGAAGGAACUUGGUCCUGAUCACAGAGUCAAUAUCCCUAGUAGGAUUAUUAAUGAGUUGCCAUGGUUACUUGAAAAGUUUGGUGACCAAGAGAGACUUCAAAAUUGUCUUCUUCACUUAGCCAUCUUUCUGACGUUGUUUCGAAAUGGAUCUAAAUAUGAUUUAUUUGGUUACUGGAAUUCAACUGAACUGUCAGGAGAAGAGAUAUCCUCACUUUAUAUGAAAUCUAUUGAUCAGCAACUUGUGAAUAUGUAUUUAGAACAACUUGAAUCAUCAGAGACACCAGAUCAUCCCCCAGCAAAGGAGUUAUUAUCAGUAGCUAUUGAGAUAGCUUCCUUCCUGUAUGAUGCUGGACAUUUUGUAAACGCUGAACCUUUGUUGCUGAGAGCUCGGAGAAUGCAUGGUUUUUCAUUUUCAGAGGAUGAGAUAGAAGCCAAUAAAGAUGCAUGUGAUAAGUAUUGUGAAAUUAUUGGUAACCUUGCCAACCUUUAUGUUGAUUUGGAACGAUUUGAAGAGGGAGAAAAACUGCACAAGGAAAAUCUGGAAAUGAGAAAGAACUGGCCUGAUAGUUCCACUGAGGCUAUGACGAUGAAUGGUCUAGGAGUACUGUAUCUAAACCAGAAAAAAUUUGAAGAGGUAAGAAUAUGCAAAUAA